GACCGGACGGAUUGACUCGACUCCGGGGCGUGGCCGUUACGUUACCCGCGUGGCCCUCGGCCUACCGGCGUGCGGGGGGAGGAGGGCGGCGGGGCAGGCCCACGUUCAGGCCCAGAGGGAAAAAAGACCAGAACCCAGCUGGGACGGAGCGGAGCCGCGAUUCGAACCCGGGGCUCUGGCCUCAAACCCUUCCCUCCAAGGUGGAGGCCUGGGAAACGGAGGCAGGCCGGACUCAGAUCAGAAUCGAUGUUACCCAGCAUGAGCAGGGGCCCGAGCUGCAUCUGGGGAGGGGGGAGUGCGGAGGAGGAGGAGGAGAAAACGUGCUUGCUUCUUGUUCCUCCGAGCUGCUCGAGCCUAGGGCGCCAAGCCUUGACCUGAAACUCCUCCUUCCCCCUGAAGCCGUGCUUCCUACAUGCUGGAAUUAAUAUACAAGUGGUGAUGCUACAAGAAUCCCGAUUUUAUUUUGGAACUAACAAUCAGCAGUUCUGUUAUAAGAAUACUCUUGUCCCAAGGUGGCAUGAAUUAUGGACCCGAGUGACGAUUCGGGUGAACAGCUCCAGAGUGGUGAGAGUUACACAGGUGGAAAACGAGGAGAAGCUGAAAGAGCUGGAGCAGUUUAGUCUCUGGAACUUGUUCUCAUCCUUCCUGAAGGAGAAGCUGAAUGAUACCUAUGUCAAUGUGGAUCUCUACAGCACCAAGGUCUGCCUCAAAGUUGAGGUCCUUGAGAAGGAUACGAAGUACAACAUCAGUCUGGUCCGAAGAUUUGACCCCAAACUCUUCCUAGUUUUCCUCCUUGGACUUUUGCUUUUCUUUUGUGGAGACUUAUUAAGCAGAAGUCAGAUUUUCUACUACUCUACUGGGAUGAGUCUGGGGAUUUUGGCCUCUCUGUUAAUUUUAAUUUUCUUGAUGUCCAAGUUCAUGCCCAAGAAAAGUCCUGUCUACAUCAUCCUAGUUGGAGGCUGGUCCUUUUCUCUGUACCUAAUACAGCUGGUUUUUAAAAACUUACAAGACAUCUGCAGGUUUUAUUGGCAGUAUCUUUUAACUUAUAUCUUCAUAGUUGGAAUCUUGAGUUUUGCCGUUUGUUAUAAAUAUGGACCCUUGGAGAACGAACGCAGCAUCAACCUGCUGACCUGGACCUUGCAGUUGACAGGCCUGUUGCUCAUGUAUUCUGGUGUGCAGAUACGGCAGAUUGCCUUUGCCCUUAUCAUCGUUGCAUUCUGUACUAAAAACCUGGAAUACCCCGUUCAGUGGAUUUACACCACCUACAGAAAGGUGUAUAAGGCAGCAGAAAAGCCGAUACCCCCUCGUCUCCUGACAGAAGAAGAAUACCGUAUACAAGGGGAAGUGGAGACUCGAAAGGCCCUGGAGGACCUCCGAGGCUACUGCAGCAGCCCAGAGUGUUCUGUUUGGAAGACCAUAUCGCGGAUUCAGUCUCCCAAGAGGUUUGCUGACUUUGUGGAAGGAGCUUCUCACCUCACACCGAGUGAAGUUUCUGUUCAUGAGCAAGAAUAUGGACUAGGCAGCAAUUUUGCAGAGGAUGAAAUCUUUGAGGAUAUGUCACUGGAGGAUGAGGAUGAGGAGGAAUUUGUGUGUCCCACAGUCCUACAGAACCAUUUAAUGUCUUAGGUGGCAUCUUGGUAUUUUCAUAUAUAGACUGAAUUAAUUUCAAGGUGGCCAGAGCUUUAAGAGUCUGUGUGUGUGCGUGUGUUUUUAUUUUUUUUUAAUUUUGUGUGUGUGUGUGUGUGUGUGUGUGUGUGUGUGUGUGGUGUAUACACAAGAAUUUCCUGGCCAUCUGAAAUUGGCAUGAGAUGCCAUUUAUAGGCUUGAUGGGCAUCCCUUCUGAACCCUGGCUGGUGGGCUGUGGAAAAAUCUUAUGGGAAGUUAGAGGUUGAAUCGACUAACCAAAGAAUAUGGUUCUACAUCAAGUGAGUUGUGCCCUUACCCUCCUCCCUCCCACUGCAGGCUGUCUUGCCCAUGCUUUGGCAUCUGGUUGGUAUCUUCUCUAUAUGGGGGAGGGUUCUGCAGUUUGACCCAUUGCACUGCUGGUGUGUGGGUGGUUGACAUUGAGGAUUACCAUUCAUUAGAAGUACAAAAAUGUAUUUUGAUAGAGGGUGGGGAAAUUUCUCAAUUUCUGCUGUGAAAUCCACAGGUCUUUUGGGAACUUCCUCUAUCCCUGCUUUGGGGCAAGUGGUUUCAGGAUAAGAUUUUCUGUAUAGCUGUUUUGAGAAGAAAGUGUAUUUCUUUCUCUUGGAUUUUGACUGAACCACAUUUAAAUUAAAAAAAAAAGUUUAUGCUUUAGAGUGGCAAGAAUCAUUGGAUCACACUGUCAUACUUGUCAGCCAUUUUAAGCCUCAUAAAUUAUAAUGCUUCAAUUUUUAAUUUAAUUAAUUCCCUCUGGUUAUAAGAGACUUUUUAAGGGUUCUUAUGGGACUUUACAUUCCAUCUAAUAUUAUUAGUUUUCAUUCCCUUCAUUUGUUCCUCCCUCCAGUAGUUGUCUACUGAUUGACCCUUGAAGUAGUUAAGUUCAUUUUUUUUGUCAGUAGUUUUAUUGGUCUUUUCUCCCAAAAAGCCAUUUAGCUUUGUCUGGGCCAGUUGGGGUGGCAUAGGUAGUAUAUAAUUUUGUUCUGAAAACUUAAAGAUACUUUUUCCCACAGGUUCCCGAUUCCUUCCCUCGAGGUCCAAAUGCCCUUGAGUUGAGUCACCAGAGAAAUUAGGCAGUACAGUAUGCUUAUCUCCUCUUCCUCUUUCUUUUCUGUUUAAUUUAUCUCCCCUUCUCCUUUACUCCAUGCAAUCUCUGGAUGCCAUUGGGAGAAAAGCAUUAUUUAGGCUAUGGUCUUUUCAGAGUAGAAUUUUUCUGCCGUGUCCCUUUGGAAUGGGGAUGAGGAAGUAACAGUGCUGCUAGUGUUUCAUGAUUUAAAAAAAACAAAACCAAAAAACCAAGCUGUUCAGCUGCUAUCAUUUAAGCUAAUUAGACCUCAGGAUGUCUUCUCAAUGCCCUUGAAGUUGUGGAUAGAUAAGCAUUGAAGUGAUCUUUGUUCAUGGUGUUGUGUGUGACUUUAUCAUCUGGGAUAGAGGGACAAUAACCCCUCAUUUCAGACUUUCACACUAUAAGAAAGACUGAUGGAUUGAGAGAUGACCUGUAAUCAACAA